CACCUCUACCUUCUUCGCAUCAGAGUGUUCAACAUUCACAUCAGACACUAGAUGGUCAAGUUGUCCCUGAUCGGAUGGGGUGUCCCUGCUGUUCUUGUUGGAAGUUUGCUAUCGGUUCAGCAACUCACACAUACAUUCUAUGGUGCCAGAAAUGUGACCUUAUUAAAUUCGAAGGCAACAAAUCCAGUUUGCUGGAUCACAGAGCCUCUCAUCCUGUAUGGCGUGAACCUUUCCUACUUCACCAUCAUAUUUGUGUUCAACACAGUGGUUCUAAUCACAGUGUCCAGGCAGAUCUUUAAGCUAAAGAAACUGGACAACAAGAAUAAGAAAAUACCAGUGAAGGAUACCAGCACAGUUCUGGGCCUCAUGUGUCUGUAUGCUGGGUAG